GAAAACAUACGUGGAUGUUUUCAAUUCCGUCAUUCCAUCAAUCGCCGGCAGCGGCCGUAAAUACGUGUGGAAAUUAGAAAAGGUGUUUUAUCUUAAGUACACAGUGCCUGAAGGCACAUGAGCUGCUUUCCAGUAUUUUCGGCGAUUUGUUGCGAUCAGAUCUAUUGCUAAUAGGUGUACCCCAUUUCAACCGCACACGAAGAUUAGCAGUAAAAGUGAAAGUUUUACCGCCACACAGUGCCACAUAAUGAAAAAAGGCUUGGCGAUAACCUUGGGGAUACUGGUGCAGUUGGUAACGUUGGCUAUUUGUCAACGUGUAGCACCUGGUGUUAAUCCAACUCAUUAUCAGCAACAACAACAGCAACAGCACCAGCAGCAGUACCAACCGCCACCACCACAGUAUCAGCAAGCUCCGCAGCACCAGCAGCCGCAAUAUCAACAGCAACCGCCCCAGCAGCAGCAACAACACCACCAGGGACAACCUCAGUACCAGCAACAACAGCAGCAACAACAACAACAGCAACAACACCAACAACAGCAGUUCCAACAGCCACAUGGCGACCAUGGUCAGCAAGUGCUACAUACGGGAAACCUUCAGCAGGAGAAACAACACAUUGCGGAACAUAUGGAUGUUCCAAUCGAUACGAGCAAAAUGAGCGAACAGGAGUUGCAGUUUCAUUAUUUCAAAAUGCACGACUCUGACAACAACAACAAGCUGGAUGGAUGUGAGCUAAUUAAAUCACUCAUUCAUUGGCACGAACAAGGAAAGGCGCAAGAAAACAGUGGCCAAGCUCAACACGAAGAAAAAAUAUUCUCCAACGACGAACUGUCCGCCCUAAUCGAUCCCAUCCUCAACUCGGACGAUCAUAACCAGGAUGGUUUCAUCGAUUACCCAGAGUUUGUGCGCGCCCAGCACAAAGCAGCCCAGCAGCAACAUCAAGACCAGCAACAGCAACAAGAACAGCAACCUCACCCUUAGAGAAUUCACGAUUUUAGGCGUGCAUAACUUGACCCUUAACAGACUGAUACGAAAUAAGCGAGCUUUUAAAGCGCAGCUAAAACGAACGAAAAGGGACAAGUAUUAUUCCCGAUUCCCGCGAUCAAUGUCAACAUGUUCGAGCUGACACAUUCCACAAACCAGAACCAGACGUUUAAACGUUUUAAAGACGUACGAGACAAUUCAGUCAUCUCAUUUUAUUAAACACUAUUACAGUAGAAAUGUACCUUGCACAAACAAAAUUUAUUAGAAAACAACUAUCUUUGAUCAAAGUCGAACUUUAUCCGUUAACAUGAACAUUCCAUGAUGCUUCUGAUGGCAAGAAUCAUUGCAAACCGCACAAAAGAAAUUUUAUGUUAUUUGGGGCUUAUGAUGUAUGUGUUUGUUUUUUUUAGUGUAUUUUGUUCAAAUGAAGAUAAAUAGAAGACAACCGAUACAGACGUA